GAGCUGAUCCGAUAUUCGAGGGUGGCGUCUCUUCCACGAUCUCUGCCUUCUCCGGUUGCGCUUGCGCGUCGCCCAACGAACGCCAGCCAGCCCAAACACGCGGGGCUCCUCCUUCUCCGGCCACCACCCAUUCCGACUCAUUCCACCCCACCCGCACGCUGCGAUGAGCGAGCCAGCCACCACCGCCCCCGCCGGAGACCUCGACGCAGCCGCCGCCGCCGCAUGCAAGCCGCCGGAGACGGCCGCGCCCCUCAUCGUCACCUGCAGGAGCAGCAGCGCCCAGCAGCAGCAGCCACAGGCGCCGCUGGGCGACGACCAGCUGGGCGAGCUGCGGGAGAUCUUCCGCACCUUCGACCGCAACGGCGACGGCAGCCUGACGCAGCUGGAGCUCGGGUCGCUCCUCCGCUCGCUCGGCCUCAAGCCCAGCGCCGACGAGCUGGACGGCCUCAUCCAGCGCGCCGACACCAACUCCAACGGCCUCAUCGAGUUCUCCGAGUUCGUCGCCCUCGUCGCGCCCGAGCUCCUCUACGACCGCGCCCCCUACUCCGAGGACCAGAUCCGCCGCCUCUUCAACAUCUUCGACCGCGACGGCAACGGCUUCAUCACCGCCGCCGAGCUCGCCCACUCCAUGGCCAAGCUCGGCCACGCCCUCACCGUCAAGGAGCUCACCGGCAUGAUCAAGGAGGCUGACACCGACGGCGACGGCCGCAUCAACUUCCAGGAGUUCUCCCGCGCCAUCACUGCCGCCGCCUUCAACAACAUCUUCUCCUGAGAAUCAAUCAAUGGCAUCGGAUCAGAAUUCAGAAUUCAGAAUCAGAUCAGUCGUCGGGAUAAUUUAGGUCAGGUGUUCUUCUUCGUAAUUGUGAAUAACGAAUAAUUUUUUUUUUGUAAAACGAAACAGAAGUAAAACAUACAGAGUUCAGUUUAGAGAGAGAGAUCAUUAGUUCUUGCGUAAUCUUUGUUUUUUUUUCCUCGUGUUGCUCUAUCUAUCUUGUUCAGCAAUGAUCGUCCGCAACCAUGGUGACUAUUGAUUGUAGGAAGGAGAUUACCGAAUAAAAACUGAAGUUUUGCUCAA